UUAAAGAAAAUAUGUCAUUCUCUAGUGAUUUGUAUCGUAAGAGUGUUGACUGUACUGUAGUAGAGCUAGCGGAGACCAGAGCAAUCAGCCCAGCAAUGAUGUAGAUCUCUGAUUGUUGAACGGACAGGAAAUGACAUGUAGUAAGCUAGAGCCGGUUUCACAACCAUUACACAAUCGAUUCUAUAGGUCAUGUAGGCUUUAAAUAGUCUAUUUUACAUUACAAUAAACUGAAGUGUAAUAAAACCUAUUCACUUCACUCUCCUGUAGUAUGCUACAUAAUUUUGCCAAAGAGUAUUCAACAAAUUCAACCAAUGCUUUUGUCAUAUAAGGCUCGUACAAAGAUGUAGUCCUCGGACUGAUACAAAUUGUGACGUCAUGGCCUUGACACCUACCGGAGAGGUGCAACUUCGACAAACAAUCCAUUGAAGCGUAGCCAUGUCCGGCGUGUUAAUAUUUAUUUAGACAUUUUUAUGUUUUGAAAACGCGGCGAUUUCCAUAUGACUUGUUGUUUGUGACAGGCGACAACUGAUCACGCCAUGUAAACAUUACAGUUUGUAUCAAUUUUUUCCAAUCCAAUACAGUGUUUAUUUUUAGGAAAGACAGGUUAAUCAGUGAUUUGUUGACAAGCAAUAAAAUGUUUAACGAUUACAUAAACUAUGUGCAUUCAAAAUGGUUCAAGAAAGGUUUGCAAUUUGUGUGUUAGUGUGUUGAAUGAGAAUACAAUUCAAGUGGGAUUUUCCACACCAUUACGCGGGAUAGAUUAGCCUGACCUCGGUGUCGACAUUUUUUAAAUGAAAUGGCUUUAAGUUCAUUUUGCGGACUUUUAACACUGCAAGUCGGAGCUUCCAUCUUAGCUGCAGUCUUCAUGACCUUGGCAGCGGUUAUAUUAGCGGCCAACAUAUUUGACUACCACCACGCAGGCAAUGGUUGGCCGCUCUCUUUGUUACUCAUGAUACUGUUCGUCGUCGGUCUGAUCAUCAUCGCCCUCCUCAUGUUCGCCUCAUCGUAUGCGGAGAGCAGGACCCUCGCACUGGCCGCGGUGGUUCUAAUCGUUAUUCUCUUCUGUUACUGGAUCAUACUGUGUUGUUUCUCCUUCUUCAGCGACCCACGACACACCAAUUCUAUUUGUAUACAGACUCGCUGUCCUGAAACAUUUUGGAUAGCGAAUUUGGGCUACAGAAAACAUCCCGCGAGAAAUGAGGACGAGCCGGACGCGAGGAAGAAGAGAUUUAUCUACGAAGAUGGCAUUGAUACUGCUGAGCUCACAACCCUGUAUGAUCUGGAUAAAUCGAUUGUAGGAAGCGUUAAAUCUAAUACAUAUGUAGUACAGAACAAUACAAAUAGCAACAGCGACCUGUUAUCAAAUGCCGAUAGAGAAAGUAAUGCGUUACAAAACUUUAAACAUGAGCAAAAAAAUACAAGUAUUCAGGAGUCUGCCAUUAAGUCCAAAAAACUUAAUUUUCAUAAUUUAGCAACAGACUAUGAUUAUCACCAAUUUGUGAAUAAACCAUCGAAUGAUACAGAAGGAGAUGACAAAGACUCACGAUAUGUUUACGGAUUUGCAUUUAUUGGGGCUGUUUUACUUUUUGUAGCAAAUGCACUGUUCCUGUUGUUUUCUGCUUUAACGAUGUGGAGUUGGGCUUCAGAACUCGACUGGGCUGAUUAUUAUAUAGAAGACGAGCCUGUUGUUGUAGUGGAAGAGUCCUACGAUUACUGACAUAUUUAUUUGUUAUUUUGUUCCUGACAUGUAUUACAGUUACUGCAAUAAUAUAGUACUUUUCAAUUAA